AUGAAGAGUGGAGAGAACUGGAUGGCGUACACCAGGCUUAACAAGGGAUAUAGAGACUGUAAAGAGUCAGCCUGUGACAACCUCACUCAACAGCCCUUACCUGGUCAGGAAGAAGCACACCUGAGGCUCCACCCAAAGAUGACCUUACUUGGCGAGGAGCCCACUGCCUCACUUGGUGUUUCUUCUCUUCUUAAAGACAUAUCUUCUGUCUUCAGUAUCCUGGUGCCGUAUCAAGCAUCAUUCCACAGAGAUGCCAGUCAGAUUGCUGGUUCCUACCUCGUGUUUAUCAACGGUAAGUCUGGAGUGGUACCACAGUUAUUCAUUUCUAAUAAGUUCCCAGGUUCUGUUGCUUAUCCAGGGCAAUUCAUUUCAUGGUCUUUUCACCCCAUCUUUUCCAUCAGAUUCAUCAAUGUGGCGUCCAGAAAUCACACACAUGCUCCAGAAUUCCUUCUCUUGGGAUUGACAGAUGAUCCAGAACUGCAGCCCCUCAUUUUCUAUCUUUUCCUGUCCAUGUACCUGGUCACCAUCCUGGGAAAUCUGCUCGUCAUCAUGGCUGUCAUCUCUGACUCCCACCUCCACACCCCCAUGUAUUUCUUUCUCUCCAAUCUGUCCUUUACUGACAUCUGUAUAAGCACAACCAUGAUCCCAAAGAUGCUGCUGAACAUACAAGCACAGAAUCAAGGCAUCACUUAUACAGGCUGCCUCACCCAGAUUGUCUUUGCCCUGGUUUUUGCUGUAUUUGAGAAUUUUCUCCUUGCAGCAAUGGCCUACGACCGCUAUGUGGCUAUUUGUCACCCACUCAUUUAUAUGGUCAUCAUGAAUCCCAGAAUCUGUGUCCUGCAGAUUCUUCUCUCUCUGUCUCUUAGCAUUGUGGUUGCCUUGCUCCAUGGCUUGAUGGUGUUACAACUCUCCUUCUGCAAGGUUCUGGAAAUCCCUCACUUCUUCUGUGAACUUGCACAGGUCCUCAAGUUUGCCUGUUCUGAUACCUUCAUCAAUAACAUCCUGAUAUAUUUUACAACUAGCUUAUUUGGUAUUCCUAUGUGUGGAAUUAUUUUCUCUUAUACUAGGAUAGUCUAUUCCAUUUGGAGAAUGCCAUCAGUGGGUGGCAAGUAUAAAGCUUUUUCCCCCUGUGGGUCUCACCUCUCAGUUGUGUCUUUAUUCUAUGGGACAGGUUUGGGUGUGUACAUUAGUUCUGCUCUUACUAACUCUUCCAGAAACACUGCAGUGGCUUCAAUGAUGUACACAGUCAUCCCUCAAGUUCUGAACCCAUUCAUCUAUAGCCUGAGAAACAGGGACAUGAAGGGAGCCUUCAGAAAACUCAUCAGUAGGUCACUUUCUCUUCUGUGA